AUGCUGAAAAAGCCCCAGCAGAGACUGUAUUUUCUGGGAAUGCUCAGGAAGAACAACAUCUCCCAGAGACUGCUGGUGUCUUUUUAUCGAUGCUCCAUUGAGAGCAUACUGGCAUACUGCAUAUGUGUGUGGUACAGCAGCUGCACUGUGGCCCAGAGAACGGCACUGCAGAGGGUCAUUACAACUGCCCAGAAGAUUAUACUCAAUCAACUAAAAUUAGUAAACUUCACUACAAAUAAUGGUUUUCAGGUCUCAUUUGACUCUAAUGGAGACCCUCCAGCUGUAUAUGAACUCAUCAACUGGCAGUUUAAAAACAGUGGUGCUUUGGAUUUUGUCACUGUGGGUCAAUAUGACUCAUCCAGACCAAGAGGACAGGAAUUCAAAAUAAGCAAAAAUAUAAUCUGGGUACCAGUUUCUAUGUGCAGUGAGAGCUGUCCUCCAGGCACUAGGAAAGCUGUGCAAAAGAGAAGGCCUGUCUGCUGUUUUGACUGUAUAUCAUGUGCUGAAGGAGAGAUCAGUAACGAAACAGACUCUUUAGAUUGUUUAAGCUGCCCACCUGAGUUUUGGCCCAAUGCCAAACAAGACAACUGCCUCCCCAAACCUGUUGAAUUCCUCUCCUGGGAUGAAACUUUGGGCAUCAUCUUGACCGUGUUCUCUAUCACAGGGGCCUUCAUGGCUGUGUGUGUAGGUGCUGUAUUUUACAAGCACAGGACCUCUCCUAUUGUUAAGGCCAACAAUUCCGAACUGAGCUUCCUGCUGCUCUUCUCUCUGACUUUGUGUUUUCUCUGUUCACUGACUUUUAUUGGUCAACCCUCUGAGUGGUCCUGUGUACUGCGCCACACUGCCUUUGGAAUCACCUUUGUUCUUUGCAUCUCUUGUGUUCUGGGAAAAACUAUAGUGGUGUUAAUGGCAUUUAGGGCUACACUUCCAGGUAAUAAUGUAAUGAAAUGGUUUGGGCCUCCACAGCAAAGACUUAGUGUAAUUACUUUUACCUUUAUACAAGUUCUUAUUUGUGUGCUUUGGUUAAAAAUAUCACCUCCUUUCCCUUUGAAAAAUCUGAAGCACUACAAAGAAAAAAUAAUCUUAGAAUGUGGCUUAGGUUCAGCUAUAGGAUUCUGGUCUGUGCUUGGAUAUAUAGGAUUCCUUGCACAUAUGUGUUUUAUUUUGGCUUUUCUGGCACGGAAAUUGCCUGACCAUUUUAAUGAAGCCAAAUUUAUCACUUUCAGCAUGCUUAUAUUUUGUGCUGUUUGGAUAACCUUUAUUCCUGCUUAUGUCAGCUCUCCUGGAAAAUUCACUGUAGCUGUUGAAAUAUUUGCCAUUCUGGCUUCAAGCUUUGGUUUAAUCUUUUGUAUCUUUGCUCCCAAAUGUUUCAUAAUUAUUUUUAGGCCAGAUAAGAAUACAAAGAAACAACUCAUGGGUAAGACACAUUUUAAAGAUCACUGA